ACUUCGUUCUUCCCUUCCCUCUCACCGGCUAACCGGCUAACACCUUUCUCUCUCUCAUAAUCUUCCCUUUUCCGUUCCCAACCAACACCAAACCAAACCCUUUUAACUUAACUUAUCAUCACAAUUCACAACCCCUCUCUCUCUCGCUCGCUCGCUCAUCGUUCUUCUCCACCAACAACGGUUGUGACUUGGUUGGAUAAGGGGAAUUUGAACCAAGAUGAGCUCUCGGGCUGGCAAGGGGCCUGCUGUGAAAAGCUACCGACGGAAGAAGUGUUUAAUUGAUCUCAACCUUGCUCCUGCGGUUACUGAGAAUCGCGAGCAGGAAGGACCUUCCAGUCAGGUGGUGACUCAAGAAGUUCAAGGUGAUCAGCAACCACCGGUUGCACAACCGCCACAGGAUGCACUGCCACCAGAGGUUGCACAGCCACCAGAGGUUGCACAGCAGCCACAGGUUGCGCAGCCUCCACUGAUUGAUGUUGAGGCCAUUGAUGAUGAUGAUGUUAUUGAAUCUAGCCCAAGGGCUUUUGCUGAGGCUAAAAACAAUUCAAGAAGAAAUCGUGCAAGGGCUGUAGUUGAUUUGGAGUCAGAUGAUCAGACCAGGGUGACCAACAAUAAUCGCAACAAACGCAGAAGAGAAACCUCUAACCAGACAAUCAUUAAUUGCGAUCUCUUCAUAAAUUUGGAAGGCACUAGCAAUUCAAUGAGGGAAACUGUUAAAAAGCCACCUGAACCUCCGAAGGAGCCUGUCUUUAGCUGCCCAAUAUGUAUGGGUCCUUUGGUAGAAGAAAUGUCAACAAGGUGCGGUCAUAUUUUUUGCAAGGCUUGCAUCAAGGCUGCUAUAAGUGCCCAGAAUAAAUGUCCUACUUGUAGAAAAAAGGUUACUGUGAAAGAGCUUAUAAGAGUGUUUCUCCCAUCUACUAACUAAAGGUUCCCAUGUAAGCUGUGUUGAGGAGGAUGGAGAACGGAAGAAACAUUGUACUCUGGCAUUUUGGUUUCUCUGAUUCUCUUAUUUAAUUUAUCAUAUCCAAAGAUACUUGGUAGAUAGAUAUAAAUAACUUGCUCAGUAUUUUCCCCUUUCAUGCAUGAACCAUCAGUCCUUUUUUUAGUGAUAGUACCGGCCAGAGCGGCCAGUCAUGACUCAUUCUUGAUUCUGGGGAUUAAUGUAUGCAUAUUUAUCCCUCAUGAGUUUAUUGAUAGGGUUCCUUCCCUUCCACCCUUAGGGAAGCUAGAUACCAUUUAGUUUUAUGAAAAAAUUGUUGCAAAUUGUUCUGCUGUACUCAUGUUUAGUUUCAUUUACUUGCUGAUAAUGUUUGUUAGUCA